AUGAUCUUUCUGCGGGCUCUUGAAUCCAAGACCCAAGGGCUGAGGAGAGCUGCCUGGGCAGGCCCCGGGUCUGGCGCCCGGGGUGGUGACGACAGAGUGCUCAGCAUCGCCCUGGGGUCGGUGCACGUGAUCGAUGCCGGGGAGACGGCUCUGGUGGAUGGGCUGCGCGCGGCGCCCUGGGAGUGCGGCAAGGGCGUGGCUGGGAUGCUGCAGCGCUUCUGCUCGCAGUUGGUCAAGCGAGGGCACCCGGGGAUCGAGGUGGCACGACUCAUCCGGGACGACCAGCUGGGGUCCCGGGAGCUGAAGAAAUACCACCUAAUCACCAAGCAGGGCAUCCUUUUGGUCCAGCUCAACGUGUCGGCCCUGCUGGAGGGGCUGGGCGCGCGGCUGGCGGCUCUGUGGGCCUCCGGCGCCUUCUCGCCGCUGCCCACGGAGGCCGUGUCGGAGGCUGGCGGCGACGUAGCACGCCUCCUGCUGUCGCCCUCUGUGCAGCGCGACGUGCUUCCGGGCGGGACCAUCAUCCAGGACUGGCAGCCCUACCGGCCGAGCGAGAGUAACUUGAGCCUGCUGGCGGCCAAGGGCCUGGAGUGGCGCGUGGACAGCCGCGCGCGCCCGCACGCGCCCCUCCCCAUCCCACCUGGCGGCAACGGCACGUGGCGCUACCUCAGCAUCUACACCUUCGGCAGCGACGGCGCGCAGGUUCAGAGCCAGCUUCUGUGGCAUCUGCAGCGCCAGGCCCCGCGUCUCGUCGACCUCAACGUCAUGUGCCAGCUCUUCCUGGCGCCCCAGCUGUGGUUACAGUGGCUGAUUUCUGCCAGGCUGGCUGAUUUCUGCCAGGCUGGCUUGGGGCUCGAGCUGGUCAAGGGUUAUACCGAACAAUACCUGCUGGAGGCCUACAUCUAA